CGCCGGUUCCUCCGCCGAAUGCUCGCCGACGUUGCCGACCGAACUGGGCAGAACCGCGUUUUGCGUUUGGUCGAUACAUAUACCCGCCGCUCAUCGUCGCAUAUAUAAGCGUAAAAAACACGGGGACGAUGACGGAGCGGGUGGUCGUCGUCGCCGCGGCGAUCUGAAGCGGGAAGUGCUUGUGUCACUAGAGGUAUUUGUCGGUUCGGUGCUCGUGUUCGCGAGAAGCUCGCCGCACGGUCGCCGAAGAGGGCGAGUCCAACAACCGGGAGCGGACCGGGAAGGAGAGCCACGCGCGAUCUGCAAUUCGCGAUUCCCGCGACCGAGGACUGGCGCGUCACGAGGGUGCCGCAACCGGGAAAGGUCAACCCCGGCGGUUUGGCCGUGCGUGCAUGUGUGUGCGCGUGUGAUAUGCCGGUGCCCCACUCUCUGGUGCAGCACGAUAUCGUUCGUCCUUUAAAACUAACCCUUCCUCGCCUCGCGGCCCCAAGGGACCCGGGGGUUCGGCCGAGCACGCCGCCGUGGUCGUCGUCGUCGUCGUCGUCGUCGUCGUCGUCGUCGUCGUCGUCGUCGUCGUCGUCCGCUACUAUGCGCAUUACGCAUUAACAGAGCGUAUAAACGCCGUGAUCGAGCAUGUACGCGCUGCAGAUGCAGACCGCCUGCCAGGGCGAGGGCACCGGUGAGCCCGAUGACCCCAGCAGCCUUCAUCAGGAACCAGUACGACCUGCCACCCAAGAUUGUAGCUCUUUUGAUAUUGUCAGAGCCACUCAGUAUGGGGCGUUGGAAAGAGUGACACAAUUGGUGGAAGCUGGUGCCGACGUGAACCAGCCAGAUUCGGAAACUGUGACGUUACUGCAUUGGGCUGCCAUAAACAAUCGCAAAGAUAUUGUUAAAUAUCUCAUUGCGAAGGGAGCUGUAGUCGAUGCUAUUGGUGGUGAAUUGGCUUCCACACCAUUGCAUUGGGCCACGAGACAAGGCCAUCUCUCCACGGUUGUGAUACUGAUGAGAGCAGGUGCAGAUCCAACCUUGAGGGAUUCCGAAGGUUUCUCCUGCAUACACCUGGCGGCACAAUUUGGCCACACGGCCAUAGUGGCGUAUUUGGUAGCGAAAGGCGUGAAUCCAAAUAUGCCAGACAGAAGUGCCAUGACGCCCCUCAUGUGGAGCGCUUAUAAAGUCAAUAGUCUUUCUUUUUACAGUCUAGAUCCAACACGGCUGUUGUUGACUCUAGGUGCAUCGCACUCACUUACCGAUAAUUUGCAUGGUAACACGGCUCUCCAUUGGGCCAUUAUAGCAAAAAACAACACGGCAAUAUCUACCUUAGUACAACACGGAGCCUCGUUAGACCUGCCCAAUUUCCAAAAUGAGACGCCGAUGACGCUGUUGGGUCCGCAUAUCGGCGCUGCGUGGCUAGGACAUAAAAUCAGUCAUGAGAUUAAGGAGAAGCAAGGUCGUACGAGAACAUGGUGUAGAGAUAAGAGAAUCCGUUGGUAUUGCAUGGCCAGUACGCCGUUUAUAGCAUUUUAUGUGAUCGGUAUGGUUCUACAGAGUGGAUGGGAUUAUUUAUUAAAACUAGGUGCCUUUAUCACCCUUUAUGUAGCGGUGUAUCUAAUGAACCAUUUCGUGUUCGACGAACGGCUGUUCCACAUUUUGCCAAUGUCAAUUUAUUUGGCAACCAAGAUGUGGAUUUAUGUCACAUGGAUAUUCUGGCUAGGUAUCCAUGCAGCAUGGUAUUUAUGGUUGUUAUUAGUCGGUGGAUCUGUUCCUCUCUGGAUAUGCUUCCUGCAGUCUUGGCGGGGUGAUCCCGGAAUUAUCACGGCUACUCACGAGGAUAAAUUAAAUACGAUAAUUGAAUUGGCUGAGUCAGGUGGUUUCGAGCCACAGUGGUUCUGCAGUAGUUGUUUAGUUAGAAGACCCAUGAGAUCUAAACACUGUUCCACAUGUGACCGUUGUGUAGCACGAUUCGAUCAUCACUGUCCAUGGGUUAAUAACUGCAUAGGUGCACAUAAUCACAAGUAUUUUCUUGGAUUUCUGGCGUCUUUGCUGGGAUUGUGUAUCGUUAUUUUGUCCGCCAGUGUACAAUACUGGCAAUUCGAGUGUUGGUCAAAUUUAACGAACGGUCAUAGCGCGGACAACUAUCUAGUGGCUGCAGCUACCUGCGACGCUUGGGUGAUGUGGGUAGUAGCUAACACGUCCCUGCAUUCUUUCUGGGUCGGGACUUUGUUGGCGUGUCAAUGUUACCAGAUCAUGGUCCUGGGAAUGACAACGAAUGAACGUAUGAAUGCCGGUCGUUACAAACACUUCAAGCAGGGGAACCCAUUCCAUCGCGGCGCCUUGCAGAAUGCCGCCGACUUUUGUAACUUCAGCUUUUGCGGAUUGAAGGCGAAGCCCAGCUCGGAUUGGUUGCACAGUUUCGAUCUCAAGCAAAGCAUCGAGAAGUUACCUUUGCUCGCGCAAAAAGAUAAUUUUCAGUACGUUUAGAGUUCUGUAAGCAGCCGUGAGAAGCUAAUUGUACACACAUACAUACACCAUAUCACUUAUGCCUGACGUACUCCUUGGGCCACCAAAGAGUUACCGCAAACAUGUAAGUGACUUUCCAGUACGGCAGUAACUAUGCAUACACGAACGAUUUCAUUUGCAUAUUCUCUAAAAUAGCUCUAAUAUACAACAAUCGUUGAAUGACAAUUUUUCGACUCGCAUGUCGUAAAAGAUGUUAUAUUGCGCGAAUGUGCAUAUCCCACCUAUAUUCUUAAAGAUAUCGAUGAGUAAUAAAAUACAAAUGCACAAA